GACUAGUGACCGAUUCGUCGGAUGGUCCAUACAAGGCAGUAAUGCUAAUGUCGCUAUAAAACUGGGUACGAUCUUCGAUCUUCGGUCAUUCGACGUUUGGCUCUUAUCAAUACUGAAGAUGGCAGCUAAGUUUGCCCUCGCCCUCACGGCGUUGCUAGCCGCAGCGCAAUGCGCGCCGCAAGCCGAGCUGGUGGCCGUGGCCCCCAGCGACAACCAGGCUUCCGGCUUCGCAUACAACGUGGCCGACCCCAACACCGGGGACUUCAAGAGCCAGGUCGAGCACCGAGUGGGCAACGCGGUCACUGGCCAAUACUCCCUGGUCGACCCUGACGGCACGAAACGUAUCGUCGACUACACCGCCGACCAUAACGGAUUCAACGCUGUCAUCAGGAGGGAAGGCAUCAGUGUGCACCCGCCGACGGUGCCAUCAGUGAACGGGGAACCACCUGUCGUUGGCACAUCAUCUGUCGCCAACUACGCGCCCCCGCUGUACUCUUCCAUCUCAGCGUCUGACAACAUUCGCUACGCUGCGUCCGCUCCCGUCGUCUACACCGCGCAAGCUCCAGUCAACGCGGUCCACACUCACUCAAUCCCCAGCCAUGUCUUCGCCACGUCAGCCCCCGUUACCGCGGCACCGAUCGUGGAAGUGACCCCUGCCCCCGUCACGGCUGCCCCGGUCGUGAGGGUCACCCCCGCCGCUCCGACCGCCACCCCGGCCGUCCUCGUGUCCUCCCCGGGCACUCCUGCUGUAGUCCCCACCGCCGCUCCAGUCAUCACCUCUUCACCCGUCCCGCAAACCGUGGUCGGACCAGCGGUUCAAGCCCGCGCGUCAUUCGUCAACACUCAGCCUAAAUACGCUGUUCAGUCUGCCUACGGAUCCCAGGCCGCCUACCCGCAAGCCCCAGUCUUUGCUCAACCGCAGCAAGCGUUCGCUCAAGUCCCUCAAGUGUACUCCCAGGUGCCUCAAGUGUACCCUGGCGCGUACCAGGCAGCCCCUGGCUUCCCUCGCCCCGUGUACAACCAAGCAGCUCCUUACUACGCCAACGCGCCACAAUACUACUCAGCCGCCCCGCAAUACUACGGGGCUGCUCCCCAGUACUACUCCCCAGUCCCCCAGAUCUAUCCGGGUGCCCCGGCUGUCUAUCCGGGCCAGUCGUUCUACCCGUCUCCCUACGCCGCUAAUCCGUCGUUGUACGCCGGUGCUGCCGGAUACUCUUCCCCGUACCCUUACUACAAGAAGUAAAUAAAACCAAAUAAUACAUACAUACGUACCUACCUACAUUCCCUCGAGCAUAGCCAUCCUAUUUUGACUUAAAUCGAAAAAGUAUCGAAGUCGUGGGUGGCUGCGCAAACGAUAACUAUCGAUCAUGCCGUGACUCACAUCAUGGCAUUAGCCGAUCGAUUCGGAAAAGGCAUUGUUCUAUUUAUUGUUUGCAUUUUCGUCCGCCGUGUGACAUAAUGUGAACCAUUUAGGAAAGAGUGAUGUUUUUUGUUGUAAAUAAUCCUAGUUUAUAAUAAUAUUAAUAAAUCACUUUAAUGAUAUAAA